AUGGUGUUGGAAAGCACUAUGGUUUGUGUGGAUAACAGUGAGUAUAUGCGGAAUGGGGACUUCCUACCUACCCGGCUACAGGCCCAACAGGAUGCUGUCAACAUAGUUUGCCACUCCAAGACCCGCAGCAACCCUGAGAACAACGUAGGCCUCAUCACAUUGGCCAAUGACUGUGAAGUGCUUACCACACUUACCCCUGACACUGGCCGCAUUCUGUCUAAGCUCCACACUGUCCAACCCAAAGGCAAGAUCACCUUCUGCACUGGCAUCCGCGUGGCCCAUUUGGCUCUGAAGCACCGGCAGGGCAAGAAUCACAAGAUGCGCAUCAUUGCCUUUGUGGGAAGCCCUGUGGAAGACAAUGAGAAGGAUCUGGUGAAAUUGGCCAAACGCCUUAAGAAGGAGAAAGUAAAUGUUGACAUUAUCAAUUUUGGGGAAGAGGAAGUGAACACAGAAAAACUAACAGCCUUUGUAAACACACUGAAUGGCAAAGAUGGAACCGGUUCUCACCUGGUGACAGUGCCUCCUGGGCCCAGCCUGGCUGAUGCCCUCAUCAGUUCUCCAAUUCUGGCUGGGGAAGGUGGAGCCAUGCUUGGUCUUGGUGCCAGUGACUUUGAGUUUGGAGUGGAUCCCAGUGCCGAUCCUGAGCUAUUUGGUCGUGCUGGACUCCCAGACCUAAGCAGUAUGACUGAGGAAGAGCAGAUUGCAUAUGCCAUGCAGAUGUCCCUCCAGGGAGCAGAAUUUGGCCAGGCAGAAUCAGGUGACAUUGAUGCCAGCUCAGCCAUGGAUACAUCUGAGCCAGCCAAGGAGGAAGAUGAUUAUGAUGUGAUGCAAGACCUCGAGUUCCUUCAGAGUGUCUUGGAGAACCUUCCUGGUGUGGAUGGCCCCCACAAUGAGGCCAUUCGAAAUGCCAUGGGUUCCCUGGCCUCCCAGGCAUCCAAGGAAGGCAAAAAGGACAAGAAGGAAGAGGACAAGAAAUGAGACUGGAGGGAGCUUCUCCCGAAGCUCACGGGGAUGUAUAGGAUGGAGUAG